UGUUCUGAUCAUUCAUCUAAACAAUCUUCGAUUCGAGAAGAGUUUUUGUGAUCAUCUUUUGAGUUGAUCAUUUAGUGUAGGUUGAUCCGUAAUCUUUUGGUUUUUAAAGGCUGGAACCUUUUACGCGAAUGACAAAGGUUUUUCCCAACGCUAGCUUUACCGUAGGCGAUGCCGCCAUCUCCGAGAAGCCACCGCAGCGUAAGCUGUUACCGGCGGCGGAAACGAGGGAGGAGGCGAUUCUAACCGUCUGGAAAAAGUCAUUGCUCUUCAACUGUAAUGGCUUCACGGUGUUUGAUUCUAAAGGCGAUCUCGUUUUCAGGGUUGAUAAUUACAUGGACGGCAACAAAGGUGAAAUGCUUCUCAUGGAUGCCAAUGGCAACCCUCUCCUCACCAUCCGCCGCAAGAAAAUGAGCCUCGGAGAUCACUGGUUCGUUUACGAGGGUGAAACCAUGGUGAAUCCCAGAUUUUCCGUUAAGAAAUCGAUGAACAUCAUGAACACCAAGUGUUUGGCUUACGUUAACAAUCGGAGUAACAGCGUCGUGUACGAGAUUGAAGGCUCCUAUUCGCGACGGAACUGCGCCGUGUACGAUGAUAAGCGGCGGGUAGUGGCGGAGAUCAAGCGGAAAGAAGCUGUCGGCAAAGUGGCCUUCGGGACCGAUGUGUUCCGCCUUAUUGUUCGGCCGGAGUAUACCGAAACGGAAUCCGCCAUGGCUCUGCUUAUCGUUCUUGAUCAAAUGUUCGGAUCAUCGAAACGAUGAACUCUUUUUUAGUCCCUAAUUUUCUUCAACCAAAGAAAAAGUAAUUGGUUUGAUUGAUGCAUGAGGCUUGGUUUUUUUCGUUUUAGAUAAAAAACCAAAGUGCCGAAUGGGGAUGUACAUGCAUUCAGCAGAUGAAAGAAUAAAACCUUUUCCAUCCAA